UACUUUGUAUGUAUUACGAAUUAUAAUUAUAGUAUUAUUUUUCUCUCGCAAUCAAUAAAUCAUCUUUUAUAACAGAAUAUACAUAUCAGGAAGUUAGAAAUAAUAUCACAGAUUUUUAAAAUGAGUGCAUAACGGCAGAUUUUUUUAAAUUCAUCCCAUGUGUUCUGUGUUUUACAGAGUUUUCAAUAUACUUAUUAAUUUGGAAUUUCAUGCUAGUUUUUAGCUGAACAAUUAAAAAAUAAUUAAAAACAUGAAGCUUUUAAAACCCAUGAGGGUGUUACACCUUGGCCAACGCCAAAGUACUGGUCGUAAGGUCACUACAUGGUCACCACUGGCUACAGCAUUCAACACCAGACCCAGCUCGAGACCUUUGUUUGAAUCAUUAAGAGAGAGAACAGGUCUUUUCAACAAGCCAGAACUAACAACUUUUGAAGGGUUCUAUACUCUCAAGGAACAAGCCAUAGCUGCAACUGAUCGCCUCAUAGAGGAAGCUACGUCUAACCCCAGCAGACCUAUGGUGGAGAUCUUUGAUGAACUAUCUGACACUUUGUGCAAAGUUGCUGAUUUGGCAGAGUUUGUAAGGAUAGCUCAUCCACAGCCACAUUUUGCCAGUGCUGCUGAGGAUGCAUGCAUUAGCAUCAGUGGAGUGGUUGAAAAACUAAACACACAUAAGGGUCUAUAUGAAGCGUUACGAGACUCUGUGGAGCGAGGGACAUCAGGUGAUCAGCAUUUAGCCGAGUUGUUCCUGUUCGACUUUGAGCAGAGUGGCAUCCAAUUGGAUGAGGAGCCACGAAGACGCGUGGUGGCUCUCAAUGACACCAUAUUGCAGACUGGACAGAAGUUCAUGGCUGGUGCAGCCACGCCGAGGAGGGUGCCGCGACGUGCCGUCCCUGCUAAUGUUAGGCAGUUUUUCAGCACAGAAGGCGAGGACAUAAUAGUGAGUGGAGUGUACGCGGAAUGCGGUGAGGUGGCGGCCCGCGAGGCGGCCUACCGGCUGUACCUGGCUGCUGACAGCCGUCAGGAGCGACUCCUCAACUCCACGCUGGUCGCCAGGCACCGCAUGGCUGAACUCUGCGGGUUCAAGUGCUACGCAGACAGAGCAAUAAAAGCAAGCACAAUGGAAACGGCGCCAAACGUUCGCCAAUUUCUAGAUAUAUUGUCAAACCACCUACAUGACAGGGCAAACAUAGACUUCGAUGCUAUGCUCAAAAUGAAGAAACACGAAUCGCCAUACCAAGAUCAGCUAAUGUGUUGGGACACUCCUUAUUUCACUCACAAAGCAAAAACACAAUUACUCAAUGUUGCCAACUCGGAUUUCAGUCCAUAUUUUUCAUUAGGUGGUUGCAUGGAAGGCUUGAAUAUGCUGUGUCAAGAAUUGUACGGUAUUAGUUUGAAAUCUCAAGAAAUGUUGCCAGGUGAAUCAUGGUCACCUGAUGUUUACAAACUGGCGGUGGUGCACGAGACCGAAGGUUUACUUGGUCAUAUAUACUGGGAUCUGUAUGAGAGACCAGGGAAACCUCACCAGGAUUGCCAUUUCACUAUACAGGGCGGGAAACUGCUGCCAGAUGGUACAUACCAGAACCCCCUGGUGGUGGUGAUGCUGUCGCUGAGCGGCGGGCACCGGUCGGGCCCGGCGCUGCUGUCGGCGGCGGCGGUGGACAACCUGUUCCACGAGGCGGGCCACGCGCUGCACUCGAUGCUGGGCCGCGCGCGACACCAGCACGUGUCCGGCACGCGCUGCCCCACAGACCUCGCAGAGGUACCCAGCGUGCUCAUGGAGUACUUCGCCAGCUGCCCACAGGUUGUCCGUCGGUUCGCGCGACACUUCCAAACCCGCGAGCCCAUGCCCGAGGACAUGCUGCACAGACUCUGUGCAUCUAAAUAUUUGUUUGGAGCCAGCGAAAUGCAACUGCAGGUAUUCUACUCGGCUCUGGACCAGCAUUACCACGGACCAAACGCGGCUUCCGGCGGUCAUACCACUGAUGUACUGAAAGAGGUGCAGAAACAGUACUACGGACUACCCUAUGUUGAGAAUACGGCGUGGCAACACCGGUUCAGCCAUUUAAUAGGAUACGGCGCGAAGUACUACUCGUACUUGAUAUCCCGGGCGUUGGCGUGGAGCAUCUGGAAGCGGCACUUCGAGGGCGAGCCGCUGUCACGGGCGGCUGGCGACCAGCUGCGGGCCGGGGUUCUGUGCCACGGCGGGGCACAAGCACCGCAGGUGUUACUACGUGACUAUCUAGAUACAGACGUCACGCCAGACAUAUUAGCCAAUGCGUUGGCUGAGGAGUUGGACUACCACAAGGACCACCUGGAUACAGUGUUCAAGAUGACUGACAAGUGAACGAAUGUAACUCAGAUCUGUUUGUGAUAAUAGUGACAUGAGGUGCUUAUUAAGAAACAUAAUACUCUAAAGAAGUGCUUAUUGUAGGACAAGUAAUUACUAGUGCUGUUAGAACUCGAUUUAAGAGUUAGGACCUUUUUUUAAUCUCGGAAACAAUCUAUCCUCGCCGGACUCUGUCCCCACUAAUGUACAGGUACUCACUGACUUAUGCUGGCGAAGAAUUAGUACGGUAAUCCUAGUCUCCACCGUAAUGCAAGGAUCAGAGAUUUUAGAUAUAUAAAAAACACGCCAACUGCUGGUACUAUUCUGUAUACUCGUUAUAAAGUUUUAGAACUAUAAUUUGAUCUGCAUAUUAGAUUAGAUCUGCAUUUACAAUUAAUUUGAUAUGAAGGAUUUAUUUAACCUACCACCUUGUUCUUACCAGCAGGUAUAUUUCCGAAUCCUAUUUGUAUGUUUAUGUCUAUAAUUAUUAUUGUGAUCUUGAUGAGUUCAAUAAAACAAAAACUGUCAUAAUACAUUCGUGAAACUGUC